CCGAAGGGAGAGAGUGGGAGAGAGAUUGGAAAUGGCGGGCGAGUAUUCUAAACGCGGUUUCGUAGGAUCGUGAUUCAAUCAACUGCAUCAUCAUCAUCUCCUCAGAAGAGAAAAUCCCCAUUUUCCGUUCGCAGAUUCUCCUUCCAGAAGAUAGAUCUGAUCUGAUUUGGUCUGAAAUGAGAUCUCGUCCGUCGAUCUUGAUCAUGCCCCCUUCCCCAAAACUCUCAGAGAGGUGGAGGUAGCCCCAAAACGAAAAGGAAAUACUUCUCUACUUUCCUUCCAAUUUCCCUUCGGAUCGAGAUUUCCUUGGCAUUGAGAUAGAGAUAGAGAGUUUGUAUAGAGAGAGAGAGAGAGAGAGAGAGAGAGAGAGAGAGAGAGAGAGAGAGAGAGAGAGAGAGAGAGAGAGAUGGCGUCGGGGAAGUCGUCUCGAUCGUCUCGUGCGUCGGCCGGCUUGGUGUCGAAGGGGAGCGCGGGUGCUGCACAGGACGCAGAUUCGCAGCUGGAGGAUAAGCUCAAAGGCUUCAGGACCGACCGCUUCGAUCCUGAUGGUUACCUUCAGUCCAAAUGCCAGACCAUGAAUGAGAAGGAAAUAAGGCACGUGUGCUCUUAUCUUCUAGAUUUAAAGAAGGCUUCUGCAGAGGAAUUGCGUAUAAGUGUUUAUUCUAAUUAUGCAUCCUUCAUCCGCACAUCAAAGGAGAUAUCAGAUCUAGAGGGCGAGCUCCUUUCCAUCAGAAAUCUGCUAUCUACUCAGGCAGCUUUAAUUCAUGGUUUAGCUGAAGGAGUCCAUGUUGAUUCUCUAUCUACUGGUCCUGAAGGCUCUGCAGCACAUGAUUCAUCUGACGUGGAAGACAGAGAACCUACUGACAUCGAGAACUGGGCUGCGGAGUUACCUGAUAUCCUUGAUGUUUUGUUAGCAGAAAGGAGAGUGGAUGAAGCUUUGGCUGCCCUUGAUGAAGGGGAACAUGUAGCUGCAGAAGCAAAAGAAAAGAAUACAUUGAGCCCAGCUGCACUGAUGUCAUUGCAGACUGCUAUUGCUGAACACAGACAAAAAUUAGCUGACCAACUUGCGGAAGCUGCAUGCCAACCAUCUACUCGUGGCGUUGAGCUUCGUGCUGCUGUUUCAGCUCUUAAAAGACUUGGAGAUGGGCCCCGUGCUCAUACGUUGCUACUUAAUGCUCAUUACCAAAGGUUCCAGUACAACAUGCAAAGUCUUCGUCCAUCAAGCACCUCAUAUGGAGGAGCAUAUACAGCUGCGCUAUCACAACUAGUUUUCUCUGCCAUCGCUCAAGCUGCAAGUGAUUCGUUGGCUGUCUUUGGCGAUGAACCAGCAUAUGCAUCUGAACUUGUGAUGUGGUCUACUAAGCAGACAGAGGCUUUUGCACUUCUUGUAAAGAGGCAUGCCUUAGCCUCAUCAGCAGCUGCUGGAGGUUUAAGAGCUGCUGCAGAGUGUGUUCAAAUAGCAUUGGGUCAUUGUUCUUUGUUGGAAGCUCGAGGGUUGGCGCUUUGUCCUGUCCUUUUGAGACUCUUUAGACCAAGUGUUGAACAAGCAUUAAAUGCUAAUUUAAAAAGAAUUGAAGAGAGCACUGCUGCAUUGGCAGCAGCAGAUGAUUGGGUUCUCACCUAUCCUCCAGCUAGUACCCGCACAUCCAGUAGAUCUUCUAAUGCACCUGGAAUGACUUUCCAGCCUAAACUUUCGAGCAGUGCACACAGAUUCAAUUCAAUGGUUCAGGAUUUCUUUGAAGAUGUUGGACCACUAUUGAGUAUGCAAUUGGGUGGUCACACAUUGGAAGGUCUAUUUCAAGUAUUCAACUCCUAUGUCAACUUGCUGAUUAAGGCAUUGCCAAGUUCAGUGGAGGAUGAUGGAGACUUUGAAGGUUCUGGGAAUAAUAAACUUGUUAGUAUGGCUGAGACCGAAGCUCAGCAAAUAGCUUUGUUAGCAAACGCAUCUUUAUUAGCAGAUGAGCUGCUUCCACGUGCUGCGAUGAAGCUUUCCCCACUCCAGCUGGCUACUGGCAAGGAUGAUUCCCGUAGAAAAGCUUCAGACAGGCAAAACCGUCAGCCAGAGCAAAGAGAAUGGAAGAGGCGUCUCCAACGCUCUGUUGAUGGGUUGCGAGAUAGUUUCUGCAGGCAGCAUGCUCUUGAUCUUAUUUUCACAGAAGAUGGUGAUACCAAUUUAAGUGCAGAGAUGUACAUAAGUAUGGAUGGAAGUGUAUACGAGCCUGAGUGGUUCCCAUCUCCAAUAUUUCAGGAACUUUUCACGAAGUUGAACAGGAUGGCAAGCAUAGCUGCCGACAUGUUUGUAGGCAGGGAAAGGUUUGCCACUGUGCUAUUGAUGAGACUCACAGAGACUGUCAUCCUGUGGCUUUCAGACGACCAAAGCUUUUGGGAUGAUAUUGAGGAGGGGCCAAGGCCUUUGGGUCCUCUUGGUCUUCAGCAGUUCUAUCUGGAUAUGGAGUUUACAAUGCUCUUUUCAGCCCAAGGAAGAUACUUAUCUCGAAAUUUGCAACAAGUUAUCAAAGACAUCAUAUCUAGAGCUCUGGCUGCAUUUGCUACAACUGGAAUGGAUCCAUACAGCGUAUUGCCGGAAGAUGACUGGUUCGUCGAGAUUUCUCAAGAAGCCAUAAACAAGCUAAGUGGAAAAGGCAGAUCCAUCAACGGAGAUCGGGAUCUUAACAGCCCGACUGCUUCUGUGUCUGCGCUAUCCAUUUCAUCAGCCAGAUCUCAUGGGAGUUCCUGAUCUGCUAAAGCUUCUUCCCACCCAUGUAAAUUCGAGAGACGAGGACCAUGCCUGUGGAGCUCUUCAAUAAUCCAUCAGGCCGUUCUAUUUUUAUUUUGAUUAGAUUGGAGGUCGAAACGCAUCUCUCAUAAAAUGUCUACUCCUGUUGGCGGUUGCGAGCGGUUGCACCACACAGAUCGUUGUAUAAUCGGUAAGCAUUUUUUCUUUUUGAAUGUUUAUUUUUCUUUUUUUGCCCUUUUUUUUAAAUUUUAAUUUUUUAUUUUUAACAUUUUAGUCAUGUUUGUGGAGUGUCACACUUUCUUUAGGUUGACAGCUUAGGAAUUCUUUGCAUCUGUUCUCUAGGUUGGAAUGUUUUUUGAGCUUGUAAAUGCUUGAUGAUGAUGAUGAUGCCAGAUUGUGCCAUUCUUGCACCGAUUUGGAAACAGGGUUGAUUGAUGUUGUUGUUGAGCUUUUAAUUUAAUUAUUUUUAAUUAUUAAA